AUGUCGAAUAAUUUUUAUCACAAGACACAACAUCUGUCACCUGUGAUGUUGGGACUUAAUGUUUUAUUUCAGUGCAGGGCACGAGGGUACUUUUUCGCAUUCCAAUUAGCGCCGCAGUUGUAGAGGAGGAUCGAACUGGCGCUGUCAGCUUGAAGCUAUAGCUAGGGCUAUACCGAUUAGCUAACACGAACGUGGUGUGUAAAAUGUAAACAUAAAUGUGUCCAUGCAGAACAUUUGUUCUGGUGGAAGCUAUAUAUCCUUCCGUAACAUAAGUUCGAUCAUAACAUAAGUUCGAUCAGCCAUUUUCAUCACUUACUCUCGCGUUGUUGUACGAGAUUUUGCGGUACCUGGAGCUUUCAUCGAGAGGGGCAGCCUUUCGCUUCGACUGGACUAAAUAUGCUUCGUGUGAAAAUGCACAACGCCAUCUUCGAUGGAGAACCAACAGGGAGGGGCCAGUACCGUCAAUAUAUGUCAAACGCACUAGACAAGGCAUAUGAAGCUGUUAUUGAUGGGAUGGCUAUAAGGAGAGCUUCUGAGAAAUUUUGUGUACCGUUUUCAACUUUACAUGAUCGGAUUAGCGGGAAAGUGUCAGUUGACUGUGUCACAACUGGAAGGGAGCCUCUUCUUUCACUUGAGGAAGAAAAGUUAUUAGUUGACCACAUCGACGUCAUGGCUAACUUUGGAUAUGGUUACUCCAGGGCAGAGGUUACCGCUAUUGCCACUGAUCUUGCGAUCCAUCUUGGAAAAAGAAGUAAAGAUGAUCCACCUCUUUCUAUGCAGUGGUUUUACGGUUUUGUUAAGAGAUGGCCUGAUCUUCGUGUUAAGAAGCCCCGAUCUUUAGAUCUUCAAAGAGCCAAGGCAACAUCCGAGGAAACCAUUACCCAUUACUUUGAUGAACUCGGCAGCAUUUUGAAGAAAUAUAGGUUGGAGGACAGUCCACAGAGAAUCUAUAAUGUAGAUGAAAAGGGACUUGUAGAAAAUCACGUUCCACCUUCCAUAGUUUCAAGUCAACAAGUGCCAACAGCUGUUGUAGCACCGAGGUCAAGCACGACAACUGUCAUCGGAUGUGGUAAUGCGUCAGGAAAUGCUAUUCCCCCGUUUUUCGUCUUUAAGGGACAAAGAAUGCGAGAGGAGCUUUUGUCAGGUUGUACACCAGGAUCGACUGGAACUGUUACGGAGACUGGAUGGUCAAACACGGAAGUUUUCCAGCAUUAUCUACAAUCUCAUUUCAAGAAACACGCUGUCGCCGCUUCUGAAGAGUUUCCGUUGUUGGUCUUGUACGACGGUCACAAGUCCCAUAUUUCCAUUCCACUUAUUACCUGGGCGCGUGAAAAUAAUAUUGUUCUAUUUGUGCUUCCAGCUCAUACUUCACAUGUUUUACAGCCGAUGGAUGUUGGUUGUUUUGGACCCUUUUCUAAGGUUUACAACAACCUUCGUCACAAGUCCAUGCGUGAGAAUGCUUCAUCAUCAAUUGACAAACACUCGAUUUGUGAAUUAGCAUGCAAGGCCUAUAAUCUCUCACUCACUACUUCUAAUCUACAGUCUUCUUUCCGAAAAUGUGGAAUCUAUCCAUUCGACAAGUCAACUACUACCAAAAUCAACUUUGCCCCGUCUACAGUCUUUAAACAAGCUUCAAAGUCGAAUGGCGAAAACGAUGACGGCGAUCAAACUAGUUCCUUGACAGAUGUUACAACUUUCUUUCAAGACAAAGAAGAUGUUUUAAGCAAGAAGGCAGUGCCUACCAAGAAAAGAAACGUUCUCAGUGCCGUUGUUGGUGGUAAGCCGAUAACAGAGUCUUCAAUUCUGGAUAAAAUAGUUUCACAUCAGGCUAAGACAUAUGUGCCAAAGAGGAAAUCUCAACCACCUAAAACCUCCAAACCAAUUUCGAAGAAGAAGAAAUGCACCCAGGCAUCGCCCCGACCGUCAACAAGCAAAGCGGCAAAUAAUUCUCCUGUAUCUAUCAACGAUAGCGAUCUUUUGGAUUGGUCUUCUGACAGCGACAGAGAGGCAGAUAAUGAAGUGUGUUGUGUUUGCAGCAAACGUGAGCCACAGGCAAUUGGCAACUGUUAUUCAGAACUUUACACUAGCUGGGCUCAAUGCACUCAUCCAACCUGUCAGCAUUGGGUACACCUUCGUUAUUGCACUUCAGUGCGUGUAGUCAGAAGAAACUCAGAAUUCUGGUGCCCUUGUCAUAACGAAAAAGAAGAAUAAUAUCCAGACUGUAUCUUGUGUAAAUAUGUUAAUUUUCAUGUUUUCUUCAAAUUUUAACAUUUGUGUGGGAUUUUCUCUAAACAUUACAAGAAAAACGAUAAAUCCGACAACGUGGCAUUGUGUGAUGUACUGUGACACGGAUAGGACUCCAUACAUUCCACUGUAUGCGGGAGAGCGAGCCAACCAAUCAGGUGACCGAACUUAUGUGACGUUGUUUCUAGGUCAUGUUUGUUUACUUCAAACAUGGCGGGCGAAGUAGCGAUCGAUCUGACAGUGGAUUUCACUGGAACUUUGCCAAUAUGGACGCUAAUAAACAGUAAUUAAGGUGA